AUGGACAACCACAAGGAGGAGGAAGCCAUAGCCGAACUCUCUAGAGCAAUUGCAUUUAAAGCUGAUUUGCACCUCUUGCAUCUACGUGCAGCAUUUCAUGAACACAAAGAGGAUGUCUUAGGUGCUCUAAGAGACUGUCGUGCUGCCCUCUCAGUGGACCCAAACCACCAAGAAAUGGGUCAUGAAUGUAUAAAAACCAUGGCAAUUAUAAGUAGCUUGUCUCCAUUAGGUUGGGAACAUGCUCAGAAAGUGAGAAAGAGAAACAGAAACGGUGGUUUCAAGGGAGCAGAAAGAAAAGACCACCAAUAA